ACUCGCCUAUUCCUCCUUCGCCUCCAUUCCUCCGCCAUCUCUUCUCCUUCGACUUCCAUCUCUUUUCGGAGCUAUCUCCCGACGCCCUCUCGAACAUAUGUCGCUGCUCUCCUCAAUCCAAGACGACUCCGGUCCCGCCUCCGUUGUCCCCACGCCCCUCUAUGGGCGAACGCGACGCUCACCGUCGACUGCCCCUCCACGGGCGACUCCGCCUCCCGGAACUUCCCUGGAGGAUCCUGUUGGUGGUGAAAGAUUUGAAGGCCGUCGUCAAGCAGUCCGGGCAGGGGAAUCCUGUUGGUGGUGUCAAUCUCACCAUCCACGCGGGCAAAGUUGGUGUACGCGAUUAUGGGGAAGAAUGGAUCGGGGAAACUCACGUUUUCGAAGGUUCUUGUUGGCCAUCCAGAUUAUGAGGUAACUGGAAGUAGUGUUCUUUUUAAAGACCAGAAUUUGCUUGAAAUGGAGCCAGAAGAUAGGUCCCAUGUUGGGCUUUUCAUGAGUUUCCAGACCCCUGUAGAAAUAUCAGGUGUAAGCAACUUUGACUUUCCUCUUAUGGCAUUCAAUUCUCAAAGAAAUAACCAUGGGCUACCACUGGUAGAACCCCUUGAGUUCUACAGUUUGGUGACUCCCAAAGUUGCUGCUUCAAAUAUGAAUCCAAAGUUUGUUGACAGAAAUGUAAAUGAAAUCUUCAGUGGUGGUGAAAUGAAAUGGAAUGAAAUUCUGCAACUUGCAGUAUGUAUUCUUACUCUUCUGCUGCAUGACAAAAUCAAUCCGGGUAAGUGAUGAAGAUGAGAUUCAAACUCAGGACCUUGUGAUAAACUGUAAAGGUCUUUACCAGGAGGAUGGCAUGAUUGUAAAGACAGGUGAUGUUUCACUAGCAAACCAACUUGAGAGGGAGGCUACAGAGGGAUGUCCAUGUCAUAAUUGUAGAGCUGGCAUAUGAUUUCAGAGGAAAUGUAUCCAACUCACACCUGUUGAAGUGGUAGAUCGACAAUCACAUGCCUUGAUGCAUCAUUUGAGAGUAAUACGCUACCAUUGCCAUACACCCAAACGAAGAGUAUGAUCAAAUUUUGGUAUCUAAUUAGUUGGUUGCAGAAGGUGUGCUUGUAGGUUUAAGUUGUAGUCGGUGGAUAUUUCAUGACAUAUUGUUGUAAAUCUUCUCAUAAGCUUUAUAUACUCCAAACAGAUUUGAUUAGUGUCGGAAAUUAUUUUUGUAGAAGAAAUAAUUCUCUUAAGAUGAAUAGUUGAUAUAGAACAUUCUUUGAGUGUUUAGUCACUUCAAUCCUGUAAUAGCCAGCAUAAACCAUGAAUAUGUUAUAAAGGAAAAAUAAUUAAAUGCAAAAAUAUGAGGACAGAAGUUAAAAAUCAA